AUGGCGACAACUACUGAUACGCGAGGCAUCGAUCGGCUCGAGGGACUUCAUUCCUUCGCGGCCCAAAUUCCAGCCGCCGCCAUUCCCGCCUUCGACGCUGCCACCAUCCCCCGUCGAAGCGUGCCGCCACCCUCCACGUCUCUCGGACGCAUCGAAUCCGUCGCCGUGAUUGGUGCCGGAAUAAGCGGGGUCUCGACAGCCUCUCAUCUCCUCCUCGCCGGGUUCAACGUCACCGUGUUCGAGCGCAGCGGCAACGUGGGCGGGGUGUGGGUUAGCCUUCUCGAGUGGCCCGAGGGAACCGAUAAGGUAAUCACCGCGGAGCAGGUCAAGGACUACAUUGGGGAGCUUGCCCAGCAGUACCGCGUGCUGGAUCACGUCCACUUCUGGACUCGCGUAGAGAACAUCUCCAAGCCUGCCGGCGCCACGCAGUGGAACGUGCGCACCAAAAGUUUCGGGCACUACGACGUCCCGCGGGUUCCAGAGAUUCCCGGUCUCGCGGAAUGGAAGGAACGGUAUCCGGACCGCGUGACGCACUCUAAGACGUACCGGUCGCCGAAGCCGUACGAAAAUUCUACCGUGCUCAUCGUGGGCGCUGGGGUGUCGUCUUAUGACAUUGCAAACGAAAUAGACAAGGUUGGCGGUAAAACGUACCAGAUUACUCGUGAUGUUACGAGGGCCAACACGGCUCGUCAGGAGGGGCUGGCAGAGAGUUGCGAGCGAGUGCCCGAUGUCCAGGAAUUUAUUCUUGAUCCGGACUCUGAUGUAAAUCAACAGGAUGCAUUGAGUUCUGGAGAGCCGAUACCGGGCAAAGUUGUUCUACGAAACGGCCGCGAGAUCACCGGAAUCCACCACGUGGUUGUCGCAACAGGGUACAUCACAACCUACCCAUUUCUCGGCGAGCUUCAGAAGCCAGCAGUCGCCGUAGACGCGGCCGACGACCAACUCAUCAUCACCUCGGACGGGUACACGCUCCACAAUCUACACAAAGACAUCUUCUACAUCCCCGACCCUACCCUCGCGUUCGUCGGCGUCCAGUACAACACCUCCACAUUUUCCCUCUUUGACUUCCAAGCGCGGAUCCUCGCCAGAAUAUUCAAGGGAGAGGCGAAGCUGCCGCCGCGAGACGAAAUGUAUCAGGCGCACCUAACGCGAAAGGCAAACCAAGACCCGGCUGUCAAGUUUCACAGCCUCUCGCUCCAGGAUAUUGCCUACGCCGAGGAGAUACUCGAAUCCGUCAACAGAGACUUGGAAUCCGCUGGCUUGCCCAAGAUGGUGGCCUUUGACGAGAAAUGGCACAAAGGAUUUGCUGAACUCAAGGCAUUCGUGGCGUCUGUUCGCCCUGAUAUCGAUCAGGAUAAGCCGCUGGUUCAAGGGAACUAG